AUGAGAGUAUUAGAAAAUUUGAAGUUAUUUGACAAAAAAUUGUAUGGUGUUGACAAACAAAUUGAAAAAUUAAGGGGAAUUAUUAAUGAAUUUAGUUAUACAAAUAGGGGAGGGAGUUGUUUGGUAGUAGGUCCCAAAGGAACAGGAAAAACAAGUUCCCUUCGUUUGAUUACUGGAGAGUAUGAGGAAAAAAUUGAAACUAUAUUUUUAGAUUGCAUUUAUUUGACUUCAAAUGCAACAGGUUUAAAGAUGUUAGAGGACAUGGAUGAUGAAGAGGAAAUGAAUGAUAAAUUGAAAAUUAUUGUUUUAGAAAAUUUUGAGUUAUUUUCUGAAAAUCGUGAUCAAAUAUUAUUAUAUAAAUUAUUAAAUGAAACUAGAAAUAGAAGUUGGUAUGUUUUUUUGGUUUCUGAUUUAAGAGAUGUGAAGAAUUGUCUAGAGAAAAGAGUUAGAUCUCGUAUUUCAAAUAUUGAAAUUGUAUAUACAAUUAAUAUGCCAUAUGAAGAAUAUUUAAAAUAUUUUAAGAUCAUGUUACUAGAUUCUUUAUUUGGAAUAGAAAAUAAAUAUAAUGGAAAUAUGAGUAAAAAAAUGAAAGAAGUGGAGGAAAUAAGGAAUGAAUUAAUUGAUGGCAUUAUUUAUCAAAAAGAUGUUUAUGAUAAAUUUGAAAAUCUUUAUAUGGAAGAUUGUUCAAUGUUAACAUUAAAAAAAAUUGUUGUUUUAUUAGUAUCUAAAUUAUAUUAUAAAAAAAAUUAUGGAAAUGAAGUUACAUUUGACUCAUACAACACCGAUAUUCCACCUUUAUUAUUUGAAAUAAUUGAAUUAAUUGUUCCAACAAAAAUAAAUGAAAGUAUUUUAAAAGGUUUAACAAUUCGUCAAUUAUGUUUACUAAUAUGCAUCAUUAAAUUAAUGAGAAAUACACAGAAUAUUGAAUUUUUAUAUCAUAAUAUAUAUAAAAGUUAUUUGAGAUUUAAAAAUCAGUACAAUUCUUUUGGCAAGUAUAAUGAAUCAGAUGUUGAUAUUUAUAAAGAAUUAGACACACUAGUUGAAAGAGGUCUUAUUCAAUAUACCAAUGAAUCUCAAAUGGGUCAGUUGUGCUUUAGAAGAGUGAAAAUAGGCGUUGAUCCGGUAUUAAUAGAAAUGUGUAUUAGAGAAUAUAAACCAUUACCUUCAUGUGUUAAAGUAUGGUUGGAAGAUACAAUUGAGAUGAUUUAA